CAUACAUCAGAGCCAGACUAACUUUCUGGAAGUACAACCAAAGAUCCUUGAUUACUAGCUCCGCUUUAACCCUCUCUGGUACAACUUUACUGUUUAAAACAGACUUUUCAAACCACGUUUCCCAUCAUUCGUCGCUUCAGCGUCUUUUGCCUUGGUAACGAAGAAAUUGCUGUAUCUCGGUUUGAACCAGUCAGGCGCGCAUUAGCACAUUCAAGCGCCAGUGGCUUGCUGUGUGUCUUCACAACGGAUUUUCCACGUCACAUGAGAUUGUAUCCACAUUCUUUGUCAGAUGCUAACGUGCAAGACCUUCUCAUACCAAGUCUAUUAGGUUCUGUAAUUUAAUGUACUACUUAUUGUUACUCAGCGUAUUGUCUAACUCUUGAAAACAAAGCAUCUAGGCAGAUGUCUUUCGCGAGAGUGAAUCGUCUUCAGUAUGGUCAAGAAAGACGUCAUGGUCCAACUCGCCCCAAGAAGGCAGCAGCUCCUAAGAAAGAAUGGGUGAGCACAGUCAACGAUCUAACUGUACAUAAAGCUACACCAGAAGAACUGUCUCAACGCCAUGAGAUGCACAAGUCCCAAAACCGACUGGCUGCACAGUGGGAGCUGAGAGAGAGGGCCCUGAGACGUAGGAGAGGGAAAAACCAGCCGCCUACUCCACCAGGACUGGACAAGUAUCGACUCAACCUCCUUAGAGAGGUGUUCUCUGACCAAUACACAUUGCAGGAUGUUCUGGCCAGGUCAGACAGAGCUAUGGCUGUGGUCAAGGACCUAUUUGGCGAUGCUCCACGUAGGCAAGCAGGGUUCCCAAGUGUCACUGUAGCACCAAAUGGUGGUUCUGACUCUGAGUUGCCUGUGCUGCAGAGACCUGAUCCUCCGACCCACCUGUCAGUCCUCAGCCAGUCAAUGAUGGACCCACAGGCCUUAAAUGAACUGGAGGAAGAGUACAGUGGUGAAGUGCCUGAUUCUAGCUUCAACUCCCCAAGUGACUCUCAGCGGUAUCAAGGCCCACCACAAAAGACCAAGAGUGCUCAGAGAGCUGAGAGACUGGACAACCAAAGCCCACCACAGACACCCUGUAACCCGAAACCAUCUCAAGAACAAGCAGCCCUAAAUGCCACUGUGGCGGUUAACCGAUUACGGUCCAUUCAGUCGCAGUCAGAGUCGGGCCAGUCAUCCACACUGGUGACCCAGGUGCUAAACCCUGACUCCACACGCCCACACUUGGGCAAGAAGAACAGGGCCUCCAGGUCAAGUAGGGGGCGCUGUGCUGAAUCAGGACUGGACGGAUCAAGUCUCAGUUCCCUAAGCGGUAACCAGAGUAGCCUGGAGAUGCUGCGAAGCAUGCUGGGGCAGGUCGAGACAGAGUUGGACUCCCUUGACCCCCAGGAGCCCAGGUCGGUUCCAGAGCUCCACAGGCCCAACCACGGUCUCACAGGCUUCUCAGUGGAUCUGGUGUCUACUAUUGGUCGGCUGGCUCGCCAUCUCAGACAGAGAGAAGAGGAGGCGCAGAGGGAGGCUCAGGAGAGGAGGAGACUGGAGGAGGUGGUGAUGGAGCAGAGGGUGCUCAUUGAUGCCCUGACUGCUGAAACACUUAAUCUGAAAGAUGAGAGCGCCAACCUGCAGGCUGGCUUGCAGCAGCGAGUCACUGAGCUGGAGGAGCGUCUGGACUCAGUGGUCCUGGUUCUGGGAGAUCUGGGCCCUCUCCAACCAGAGGGGGAUCCAGAGCCACAGGACACUCCUGUCCAAGACCCCCAGCCCCCAGUGAAGCUCCCCCCUCAGCCUCAGCCCAUCUCCCCCGCAGUGCUGCUCUCUCCCCCCCGACAGAGGGACAGUCUGGCCCCUUCCAGCAGAGCUACAGGAGGAGAAGCCCGUGGUGUGGUGCUGCAGUACGAUGCUUCCGCUGCAGGAGGAAGUCAUCGAGGCUCACGGGAGGAACUGGACCGCUCCUCGCCUAGCUCUUUCGCCAGUCUGCCCCGCCCCACCUCGUUGAUGGACCACUCCCUCGGCCUCCUGCCUUCCCAAGAUGCAGUGCAGGCCCAGAUCGCCGAGCUGGCCCUACAGAAUGCCCAGUUGCGGGUUCAGCUGGAACAGAGGCGUGUGUCUCCAGCUGGGUCGUACACCUCCAGAGAACAGACUUCUGGGAGAUCCUCACCAGCCAGCCUGUCAGUUCAGAGAAUAGCGCCACCAGCAGGGCAUCAGCCGCAAGUGCAACAGGUGAUCCAGAGUGUUCAGUCAGUGCAGCACACAGCGACUAACAUGGAAGAGCGACUCCUGGAGUUAAGUAGGCAGAGUUCAGCAGCACGGAGCAAACUGCUGGAGCUCAUCGAGCAGCAGAGACAGAGCUCCUCUAUGCAUAUGUCCCCCUGUGUCUCCCCCAUACCAGUCCGCUCCGAGUCCGAAAGCCCUGCCUCAGGUAUUUCGAGAAGGACCCCUGAGGUGGCGAUGUCUGUGCCUGAAAGGGACUCUUGCUCUCAGUCCAGUGGUGGUAGCCGAAGAUCUGCUGGAAUCUCACCUCAAAAUCUUAACGGAGUAGAAAACCAAAGACAGAGACCUCAGGUGGAAAGGCGAAGGGGAGAUGGCUGGUUUGCACUGUCUGCUCACGUACAGUAACAGGGCAGAUUGCCACAUACUAGUUACAAUAAUGUAUUUCACAUACAUUACAUACUUGUAGUGCUGUGUACAAUCUCUGGCUUUU